AGAGAGGUAAACGACACGUGCGACCGAAGGCGCACUCUUUCCAUCGUCAAACCCUAUCAUCUUCUUUGGCUCUCUCUUCGAUUCAUCUUUCCAUCUCCAUCGUCCCUCUCAUGAAAUCGAUCAAAACCUUCCAAUCUAGGGUUUCUUCUCCGAUCUCGAAGAACCUGAGAUCACUACCAUCAUCAUCAAUUUUUUGAUGAUAACUUCUUCUACAGUCAAUCCUAGAAUCAUCAUCAAUCGCUCCUCUACCAACACCGUCACCGCCGCCAUGGCGGGCUCAGUAGACGAUCUCGGAGGAGUUGGACCAGCUCCACCAGAUUCAUGGGAGGUCGCCGACUUAGACGCCACUAUGAGCAGGUUGAUGCUCUCGUCCAAGCGGGACAACAACUCCGAUUCGACUACUACUACUACUUCUUCUCCUCCUCUUCCUCCUUCGGAGUUUGCUUCUGCUUCUUCAACUCCGAUUAGGUCAUCUUCGGGCGGUGUGCUGGAGAAUUUGGUAAAUUCUGUCGAUCAGUUCCUUCGCGAAGCUUUGCAAAACCCUAGGGAGCGCCUUUCAGUAUUACGAAUGGAGCAAGAUGUGGAGAAGUUCAUCAAAGAUCCUUCACAACAACAAAUGGAAUUCCAACAAUUGCCCACUUCAUAUCUGCGGUUAGCAGCACACCGAGUGGCCCAACACUAUUCCCUCCAAUCCAUGGUUCUACUAGACAACACCCUUCCGGAUGGUUCCGGAUCCAGAAUCAUCGUACGCAAAACAUCCGAAUGCCGCCUCCCUCCAAUCCGUCUAGCAGACAUCCCUGUAAGUAUCCCAACAGAAGACCUUCCCACCAAUGCUGUGAAAGUUGCAAUCAAACAAAGGCCCAACAAACGAUCACAAAACUCGGGUGGAUCAAACUCAAAUUCCUUAAAAAACAAUAGUUUAAAAAGCGUGGAGGAAAGAAAAGAAGAAUAUAACCGAGCACGUGCAAGAAUCUUUAGCUCUAGCUCAAGUUCUAGUGGGAAACAGGAGAACGAGCCAAGCCCAAGGGUACAAGAAGUUUUCCAGCAUAUAAAAAUAGAAGAAGUUUCUGUUCCAGGUGAUGUGGCGAUAGGGAGAUCUUCAGUUGAUUCGACAGCUGGCAGUAGUAGACCAGGUAGAAGUAGUAGGACAGAAAGGGAAAGGGAAAGGGAGCCUAUUGUUAGGUCAAGAAGUAAUAGUAGAGUGGCAAUCUUUCGUGAUCGUGAAGUUGAACGUAAGGAUCCUGAUUAUGACAGAAACUAUGACAGAUAUGCUCAAAGAUUUGAUCCAGGGUUUGGGUUUAACGGGGGGAAUUAUCAGAUACAGCCGAUGUAUACACCGGUUUUGAACUACAAUACUGAGUUUCCUCAGCUUGGUUCGGCACAUAGAUCGCCUAUUUCAGCUGAACAUCAAUCUCAUGCGCUGAGUCAGCAUCUACCUGGACCGUGGGUUCCACCAUCUUCACCUGCAGGAAUUGGUUACAGACCUCCAGAUGCAAUGAUGACUCCAUAUAGUCCUAACCCUAACCAUGCUUCUCCUCAUUCUGCUUCUGCAUUAUAUAUGCAGUAUCCAUGUCAGCGACCUGGGGUGACUUUCAUUCAUCCUCGUGAGCAGGUUCAACACUACACACAAACACAACAGCAGCAAUCUGAUGCAAGUUUUGGAAUAGCCCGGCCCCGGUGAGGGGCAUGGGCCAUGCCUGCACCCUGUCAGAGAGCAUGUCUAUAGGAUUUAUCUGAUGUGGCAGAGGUGCAGGCAUAAGUUACUGAGGUUGAGUGGAUGGAUAUGACAUGUCAGCUGUUGGUCCAUUUCAUCAAUCUCAGUUUUGAGAGCUUCAUGAUUGUUUGUUUAUGGAAGCUCAGUCAUUGGUCCCUAGUAAUUCAUUUGUUGUCAGUCAUUGAUGACAACAAAAAAAUGAUAUAUCAGGAAAGAGUAUACAGGAGCUGUGAAUGUACACUUUUCUUCCAACCGAAGCAGCACCAUAGAAGCAAAAGAAGGCAGGGAGGCAGCAUUAUAAAUGAAAGGGAAGUCGGGGUGGGUUUUGUUUGUUUGCUUUUGGUUGGUGGUUUCUUGCAGAAAAAAAGGAAAAAAUGGCUCCAAUCUUUAUCUCACGCUUCUUUUGUUAGAAAAAUUGACAGCAGUAUGUACAAAUUUGUGUUUGGAAGUUUGAAACUUGUACUUUCUUGCAUGUAUGUCACUUUUUAUGGUUUUACUGUUUGAACUCAAAGUUCUGCA